AAUAUGACAGUACCAUUGUCAUCUAUUUUAUUGGUAAAUUGGUUGUGAUCACGAAAUCGGAAGAAAACAGAAUAAUCUGGAAAUUGUAAUAAAAAUAUCAUGGCCACGCGUGGAGAAAGAGGAGUUGUUAGGGUAUUAGAUAAGUUAGAAGCUUCAAUUAAUUCUGGCCAGUAUUAUGAAGCACAUCAAAUGUACAGAACUCUUUAUUUCAGAUACCUAACUCAGAAAAAAUAUCCAGAAUUGUUAACUUUAUUGUACAAAGGGUCUACACUUCUUUUGGAACGCGAUCAACAAGGAAGUGGAGCUGAUCUCGCCAUACUCUUCGUAGAAGUUUUAACAAAAUCGGAAACCAAACCUAAUGAAGAAUGGGUCUCGAAAUUGGCAAAAUUAUUUGAAUUAAUCAGCUCCAGUGUCCCAGAGCGAGAAACCUUUCUAACAAAUUCAAUAAAAUGGUCAAUGGAUAACAACAAAAAAGGUGACCCACUCCUACACAAGAAAAUAGCAGAAGUAUUUUGGAAGGAAAAAAAGUACACAGCUGCUCAUAGACACUUUUUACACUCAUCGGAUGGUUCAGCAUAUGCUAACAUGCUUAUAGAGCUACACACAACUAAAGGUCUCAAAUCAGAAAUAGAUUUGUUCAUAGCACAAGCUGUGUUGCAAAUACUUUGUUUGAGAAAUGUAAGAAUGGCAACUGAAACAUUUUUGAGGUAUACAGAAACGCAUCCCAAAAUAAAGAAUAGCAAAGGACCUCCAUAUAUAUUCCCACUAUUGAAUUUUUUGUGGUUCUUGCUGAGAGCUGUCGAACAGAGACAUGUACGACAGUUUAUGGUACUAAAGAAUUGGUAUGCAAUUAGUAUUAAAAGGGAUCCAAACUACUCCAUUUUUUUAGACAAUAUAGGCCGCAUUUGGUUUGGGAUAGAAAUACCUUCGGAAAAUAGAAAUCCAAACUCUAUGUUCGGAGGUCUAAUAAAAUCUAUUAUUGGUGAUAUAGAUAGUUCUGAUGAUGAUGGUGAAAGCAAGACGUCGGCCACAGCUCCUGAUUUGGACUAAGCUCUUAAUUAACAGAUUAAUUAUAUUAUUUUUUUACUGACAUAUCAGCUCAGUCAACCUUUGAUAAUAUAUUUUUAUUAAUUUCUAAUAUAAUUUUGUAAUUUCGUAAGAACGCUCUUUUAUAUUAUUUUAAACUUAACUUGGAAUUAUUACCAUUGAUUUAAGAAAUGGACUGUGUUUGUCAUUUUAUUUUUAAUUAAGAUGCCAAUUAAUUUUAAUAUUAAUGGGGAAAUUUCAUAAUCAUUUAAGAAUUUUGGUUGAGCUGCAGUAAUCAUGUUAGGAAUAAAAAGUUGUAAAGGGUAUGAAAAAAAUUAAGUUUUGUGGUGUACCUAUGUCAAUAGUGCAGUAAUGUUUUAGCUACAUAAUUAAAUUUAUGGUGAAUAUAAUUACAUGUUUAGGAUUUCAAAUUGUUUUUCAUAACGUUGCUUUUUAAUUAAGUAAUAUAUUUUGAACAGUGU